AUGAAUCCGGAUACGGUUGCGGCCUUGAGAGAUGUGUACAAUGAAUCACAGAGAAUUAAACGAGAGAAAAUGAAAGGAAAAACAGUUAUACAACAUCUGUGGUACGAACUAAGUGAGAGUGGAUAUAACAAAUGGCAUCGAACAAAUCCAGCUGGUGAUGCAGUGCAAGACGUUAUGUUUGCGCACCCAGAUUCAAUAAAGCUUUUGCAGUUAUUUCCAUACGUCAUCCUGAUGGAUUGCACGUACAAGACUAACAGAUAUGAAAUGCCUCUUUUGGAGAUCAUUGGGGUUACUCCCGUGGGAAGGAACUUCACUAUUGCCGUUGCUUUUAUGUCACGUGAAGAUGAGGACAUUUAUGCAUGGACAUUGCGAUGUUUGCGAGACAUAUUACCAAUCGGGAUAGAACCAGAAGUGAUACUGACAAAUCGUGAGUUGGGCCUACUGAAAGCAUUGCCAAACGUGUUUCCACAUUCGCAUCACAUGUUAUGUUUAUAUCACAUAAACAGAAACGUUGAGGCAAACCCGUCAAAAUUCUUGGGUAACACCAAGUUGGGUGUACUGUUCCGGAUGACGGUGUGGGCAAAGUUAGUCGAAUAUGAGACUGAGGAAGAAUACGAAUGCAACUAUAGAGAGGUAGAGAGUGCACAUCGUGCAUCGAAGCGUUGGAUCCAAACAUCGACUGGAGCUAUGGAUACAGUUCAAAAUGCACUAGAUGCGCAAGUUGACCUUCAAAUUAAUGAAUUGAAGGUGAAAAACGAGAGCAGUAGAACAGUCAGGAUGAACAGUAGUUCACUGCCGUGCUUCGGUGCUUUGCUACAUCCAUUCUGGAGAACAUUGGUUGUCGAGCCGAAGUCGGAUCCAUGGGAGGACGAGGAGGAACCAUUUGAUCGCACAGUUGCAAUUAAGAAAGUUCUUCUCGAUGAGUUCGAGAAGUUAUCAAACAAAGAUUACAUGUCCCUAAAAAAUGCGGCCAACUAUUUACGGGACCUAAAUAAUCAUUCUUCAACGCAUUUACAAGAGCCGUCAUUUGUGAAGGCCAAUGGACGACCUAAGAAUAACUCGACGAAGAGGAACUUGUCCGGAUAUGAGCACAUGAUGAAUCGGAAAUCCGAAGUUAAAUCUUCUUUGGGCUCUAAGGGUCGCAAAACCCCGACCGAAGGGACGCUAGAGUCAAAACUUAAAGCUGGUACGCCAGAGUCAAAGGUUAAAGGUCGUCCUCGCGGACGUACUAAAUCGACGGAAGAAUCAGUUGUUACUGCCGGGGACCGGGUCAAUUUCUUUUCCUUCCUUCCUCCGUUUCUCGCACAGUCCGUAGCCUCAUAUGUUAAUGUGAGGGCCGAUGGAAAUUGUGGCUACCGGUGCAUAGCCGAAGUUGUUUACGGCAGUCAAGAGAGAUGGCCACAAGUCAGAACUGACUUGGUUGAGGAGUUUAUGGAGCGUUACAAUCUAUAUUCUACUAUUUACGGUGGGGAUGAGGGGGGUCGCAAUACAGUCGAUGAUUAUAUCUUGACAUGCAGUCAUGAGAGCGGACCGGCGCCACGGACGAAAUAG